AUGCUGCUGUCAUCGCUAGCAGGCAGGAACCAGGACUGCCUGUUGUCAGUGAUGUUGGACGUGCUGGAGGAGCAGUCCCACAGGGACCUGUUUGCCUUAGAGCUGGACUCUGGCACUGGACAGCAUGUGGUACACUUUGCCAUGGAGAUGCCCUUCGUCACCUGGCAACCGUCAGACAUCAAAGAAGAGUCCCUUGAAAGUAUCAGAGGUUAUAUUGUAGCAUCAAAGGUUAAGACUGUCCUGCAGCCUGUGCACCUGGAUGCUCAAAAGCCCUGGGAGAAGUGGGCAGGGCUUCCACAAGACUCCUGUGAUGUCAUUGUUGCCAUCAAAAAACUGCAAUAUAGCACGCUCAAAACUGCAGAGGGUGUAUUCAAAGGAGCAGGACUCCGACAGAAUGGUUUCCUCAAUGUAUGCGGAUACUAA